AUGAAUGGCGUCAGUUCCUAUGAGCGUACGCUAUUAUUUGACGAUAUUAGUAUAGUCCAUUACUGUCGUGGCCGGCAGGAGAGGACGUUGAUGGACGAACGCGAAAACAUCAUAGACACGCACAUGCCGCCCAAUGGCGCAGACAACCUUUUACCAAAUGAACGUCUUAUUAGGAUCGAAAAAAUUGGCGCAGCAAAGUCUGAGAAAAAUGAGAAAGAAGAAGAGAUCAAUAAGGAUGGAGAUUCUGAAGGGAGGACGGAGUGUAACUGUCAGGAAAUGGGAUACGGUGCAGGCGACGCCGUGUUUGCAAGUUUCGUGGUAGCUCCUCUAGUUGUGGGUGUGUGGAGAAGUUCUUUAGGCCUUAUGGAUUACUACCCGAAGAUGUUCCCUAUCGCUGAAGUAUUCAUACUUGGGAUUUUGAUACAAUGUACCUUCUCUAUCGCUAAAACCCGUCUUUACUCCCGAUCGACAAACGCAUGGGGGGAAGGCAAAGCCGGCCGCUGGCUCAGGGAAAGAGUGAUAUCCCGUUUCUACACCUAUAUAUUCACCCUGGCCAAUGCUAUGCACUGGAGAGGAGGUUGGGGUCUGUUGGAUUUGCUGGUGGACACUGUAUUCCCGUACAAAAAAGAUCCUCAUAGGCCAGUAUUAAUUGCGAUUAUCUUGAUUGUCGGCUGCAUAGCGAUGAUGGUGCUUCGGUCAACAAGAAAUCUGAUGGCUGCACCGUACUUCGUGGUCACAGAUGGAAAGGAACCUACUUAUAUGUUUUCUACGAGGUUCAGCAAGGUAAGAUAG